AUGAGAGCCAAGCAGACCCGACAGGCGACCAACAGGAGGACUGUCCCCCAGAGGAAGACCAGACAAGUGGUGAAGAAUAGCACCGAAGAAGACAACGAAAACGAUGACCAAAAUGAAGACGAAAGUAGUGAUCAAAUGAAUGGACAAAUUGAUGUCCAAAUGAACGGAUCAGAUAGUGUUGAGACAAUUGUGUCGAAGAAAGAGAUCCAUUCACCGAAGACACCAACGAAACCAUUGACGGAGAGAUCAGUGACCGAUCUCUUGAGGACUAUCACCGAAAACGAUACAUACUUUUCAUCACUCAUUGAUUUGAUUCCUCCGAAGAUCUACUUCGAGGGCAACGAAGAGAUAUUGGAGUCAAUGGAGAGCCAGAAGAAGCAGCGGAUGGCAGACAAAGUGAAUCUGAGCUCAAAAGCGAAACAAAAACUCUUUAAAUUGGAUCCGAAAUCAGACCAAAGAGUGUCUGAAAUCGCGAACCAAUUCUACGGCAAAACUCGAGGCAAGAAGAAUGAGUUGAAUUCAAAGCCAAACAACAACUCAAUGGACAAUAAAAUGCAAGAAUUGAGGCAUAAAUUGAACGAAAAGAUCACUCAAUUGAAGUCAAAUAGGGGUCAGAAGACAAACGCCAAGCAAUUGAGAGAAUCGAAGAAACAGCGGAAGAGGGAGAACGCCAUGAGAGCCACCAAACAGAAGGGUUUCGCCAAACGACAGAUCACUGCCGAGACCACCGAUGAAGUGGACGCCAAUGGAGUGCAACCGAAGUCCAAGAAACGCAAAACAGAUGACAAUAACAACGAAGAGACGGACACGAAGAAGGCGACGAAGAGUGCGAUCGAAAAGAUGCCGAAAAUCUAUAACAAAGAGGGAAAUAUUGUUUACUCGAAGUUUGAUUUGGUUUCGCCCAACGGGUCCACGAAAGACAGGAAACCGUCGAAGAAGAAUAAGUUGAAGAAACUGUUGCAUCAGACGAAGAAAGAGGAGCAGAAGAUGUCGACACUGGAGACGAGUGACGCCAACAAAGCCAAAGAGGUUAAGCAGAAGAAGCUGUGGAGGAAUGCCAUCGAGAAGAGUGAGGGCAUCAAAGUGAAGGACAACUCGAAACUGAUCGAAAAGUCAGUGAAACGACGCGAGAAGAUGAAGAAGAAGAGCUCCAAACAGUGGGAGGAGAGGAAGGAGUCGUUGGAUAAUCGGAUGAAAACAGCUAACGAUAAGCGCCAGAGGAAUAUCGACAAGAGGACGAGGGAUANGGUUCGUAUGGCAUUAUUGGUCACAUCUCUGAUCCAUUCGAGAGUAUAUCUAACGUCACCGAAAACACUGGGCCUUCCGGUGGCACAGCCUGCCGACGACUGCCACGAGUAG